AGGAAGGAAGAAGGAGGGAAGAAGGAGGGAAGGGAGGAGCGAAGAAGGAAGAAGGAGGGAAGAGGGAAGGAAGGGAGGAGAGAAGGAAGGAAGAAGAAAGGAAGAAGGAAGGAAGGAAGGAAGGAAGAAGGAAGGAAGAAGGAGGGAAGGGAGGAGCGAAGAAGGAAGGAAGGACGAAGGAAGGAAGAAGGAAGAAGGAGGGAAGAAGGAAGAAGGAGGGAAGAAGGAAGGAAGAAAGGAGGGAGGGAAGGAAAAAGGAAGGAAGAAAGGGAAGAAGGAGGGAAGAAGGAAGGAAGGAAGAAGGAAGGAAGAAGGAAGAAGGAGGGAAGAAGGAAGGAAGAAGGAAGGAAGAAGGAAGGAAGAAGGAAGAAGGAGGGAAGAAGGAAGGAAGAAAGGAGGGAGGGAAGGAAGAAGGAAGGAAGAAAGAGAAGAAGGAGGGAAGAAGGAAGGAAGGAAGAAGGAAGGAAGAAGGAAGAAGGAGGGAAGAAGGAAGGAAGAAGGAAGAAGGAGGGAAGAAGGAAGGAAGAAGGAAGAAGGAGGGAAGAAGGAAGAAGGAGGGAAGAAGGAAGGAAGAAGGAAGAAGGAAGGAAGAAGGAGGGAAGAAGGAAGGAAGAAGGAAGAAGGAGGGAAGAAGGAAGGAAGAAGGAAGAAGGAAGGAAGAAGGAAGGAAGAAGGAAGAAGGAAGGAAGAAGGAAGAAGGAGGGAAGAAGGAAGGAAGAAGGAAGAAGGAAGGAAGAAGGAAGGAAGAAGGAAGGAAGAAGGAAGAAGGAAGGAAGAAGGAAGGAAGAAGGAAGAAGGAGGGAAGAAGGAAGGAAGAAGGAAGAAGGAAGGAAGAAGGAAGGAAGAAGGAAGAAGGAAGGAAGAAGGAAGAAGGAGGGAAGAAGGAAGGAAGAAGGAAGAAGGAGGGAAGAAGGAAGGAAGAAGGAAGAAGGAAGGAAGAAGGAAGGAAGAAGGAAGAAGGAAGGAAGAAGGAAGAAGGAGGGAAGAAGGAAGGAAGAAGGAAGAAGGAGGGAAGAAGGAAGGAAGAAGGAAGAAGGAAGGAAGAAGGAAGGAAGAAGGAAGAAUGAAGGAAGAAGGAAGGAAGAAGGAAGAAGGAGGGAAGAAGGAAGGAAGAAGGAAGAAGGAAGGAAGAAGGAAGGAAGAAGGAAGAAGGAAGGAAGAAGGAAGAAGGAGGGAAGAAGGAAGGAAGAAGGAAGAAGGAGGGAAGAAGGAAGGAAGAAGGAAGAAGGAGGGAAGAAGGAAGGAAGAAGGAAGGAAGAAGGAAGAAGGAAGGAAGAAGGAAGAAGGAAGGAAGAAGGAAGAAGGAAGGAAGAAGGAAGGAAGAAGGAAGAAGGAAGGAAGGACGCUUGUCUAAAAUCAUCAAAACAAACUGGUGUGACCAGCUAGAACCAGCCAGACCAAAUAAAAUAACCUGGCCGAGCAUGAUGGGAAAUUUUAAGCUCAGCUAGAACCAGUCUAACCAACCAAGCUGGAAAAUCUCACCAUCUAGAACCAGCAUGACCAGCGAGCACUAGCUCUAAGUGCACUCAAUGCUCAAAAGUAU